AUGUCUUCUUCACGGAAGAAAUCGCGUCUUGGUCCAGACGAUGACUUCGCCCCCGACAAUACGGAAUCAUCAUCGGAUUCGCAACCUUCUGAGAGCAUGGAGGUCGACGAUAUUACUCAAGUACUCCGCCCUUCUACGGCACGUUCAAGAAUCAACAAAGGUACCAGAGCACGACCGCAGGAGCGGCCGGUAUUCCCUGAGACACAAGAGAAUCUCCAAGUCGGAGCUGAGUCGCUCGCUGCCGACUCAAACGGAGCUCAAACCGUGGAUAUCUACGCUGCGCAUGAUCGUGAGCGACUGAAGCGGUUUACCGACAAGAUUCGCGCCAUGCAGUUCAAGACUCGGGAGAUCACCAACGUGGAUGCCUCAGUUGCACCUCUCAGGGCAAAUGUCAACGAGAUACUCGCCAUGCCCCCAACGUACCACUACACGCCUGUUAUCGGCGAGAGGAAGAGCAUCAGCUCUCUGUACUACACCUUCACUGGAACCAGCCAGGUUGCAGGCGAAGACGACAGGUUCAUGGGCCACAUAGGCGGCCAGGCUUGGCUACGCGCUCCUCCAGGUUGCUGGGCAGAUCCUUCAGCAAUUCAACGCCUUGCCGACAUUCUUUGCGAAGUGGUCAACUGUUGGCCAGGAGCACUCGACCUGAUCACACUCCCGAGUCCUCCACCCAGUCAAUGGUUCGCUUCUCGUAGAGCCACGGCGCAGUCAUUCCCUGGUAUGCUCCAAUUCGUCGUGCAGGAGAUCAUAUCAUCAGCUCCGUGGAACGAUCGCCCUGCUCCAAUAAUCCUGUCAGCACCGAGCCUCGUGCUUCAGAACGGCAAAAUUAGGAUUGAGGGACGUUACAAGUAUCUGGACUCUGAUACUGGCCAGGUCAAACCUCUCAUUGUGCCAGUCAACUUGCCUGUGGAAAAGCCGACAGUGCUUCCUCGAUAUCGGAUAGCAAUCCCUCCUCCGAGUGUGCUACGUCUAAGAGGCCGGACAAAAGGAGGACUGCAUCUUCUGACUCAGUCAGAGGAAGGGUUGUGGCCUGUGUUCACAGAUGAGAACGGCGUUGCCCACCAUGAUAUUCAGGCCCUCAUCAACGUGCCUGACAGUUACACCGACCGGCUUCAAGAGAUUCGAGAUCUACUUGAGUUGGUACUUUGUGUUGCUGUCAAGAUGCACGGAUCCUGCACGACUGCCGCAUACGCAAAGUCUCAUGCCAAAUUUCUUCUUGCAUCCAUGGGAUUUCGGUCCAAGCGAAAGGGUGCCAAACGACAGUGGUGGGGAAACAAAGGGUUCGUCAAGGUCGCCAUGGAUCCUCAUCACCGACACACCGUGUUCUGGCCGUCAAAGGCUCUUCGAAACGAUAUGGGGGGAGGCAAGUUUCCACAUCUAGACCUUCCCUCCCUGGACAAAGCUCGAGCUAUCCCAGUGCUCGAUGCUUGUAUGAACGCCCUUCGCACCACAAAGGACCCUCGGGCAGCCUGGAUUGCAAUGGCCAAGGCAAUCGAGAUUCAACGAAGGUUGAUUAUGGAUGGUGUACCCUCUAGCAACAUCUGCAACUGUUCUGGGAAUACCGGCACAUGUGUUCACCACUGCGGCCGAUGUGGCGAUGAAUUCACCAAUGCAGACCUUGCUAUGGGUACUGCCGGGUUUCGUGUUUGUCCACCCUGCAAAGAUGCUGAGCUACGCGCGGCAUUCUCAGGGAUUGGGGGAGGAGUAUCGAGCAAGAUGGCGGUUGCGGCGUUACGUCGAAAUUUCCGUGCAGAGCUUCGUAGGGAAAAGGUCGAUGAAAACAGCGAGGAAGCCAAGCUUGCUAUGAGAGACAAUGUCGACUACAUCCAGAGUCGUUUCAAAGGACCAUCUCUCUCGUUUCCGGAUGAGUACCGCGGUGUGGAUUCCACUAUGUCACACGAACACCAGACAUCUUUUCAAGAGUUCGAUCCCACUGUCCCAAGCAUCGAUGCUACCUGGCCGUACACAUCGUCGAAUCUUGGCAUCGGAGUUAAACAUGUUAGGGGUAACCUAGCUAUCACGACAUUGCCACUGAACCUGGCGAAGCACACGUGGAUGCCAGCUGUCCUGGUUCAUGUCAGAGACUAUGUUCGUGCUGUUGAACAUACCUUUGAUGAACUUCUCACAUCUGAAGACGUUGCAGCAAUACACCACGCUCAAGUCUGGUUGGUAGAGAUUUGCAAGACACUCCAGAGGAUCACUAUCAAGGCAUUGCACCAGAAGGUUCAACUGCGUAACCAGCCACAUGUCAAUCCUCGACGCAUCGAGCUCGACAAGCAGGAAUGGAUUUCUGGCAAACUCCGUCCAGAGUCGGGACCAUGGGAUAAGCGCUAUUACUCUAUGGUCUCUCGAGAAUACUCUCGCAUUUCCACUCAUGCGUAUUCUCCGUCUGCAUUCCAAGAUUCUGUCAUCAACAUGACUCGACAAUUGGAGGAUGAGUUCAACGUAACUCUCAUCAAAGCGAGUGAUGGUUGCCCAUGGUUUGGCCACCAGACCUCUAUGCCAACUGAUUGGGGAUGGCCUGCAGCUAUGCACUUCAUGGCUAAUCGACUUGAUCGACUCCGGGAGAACUGCAAUGGCCUCGAUAUCACUGAAGAUACUCCCAAAACCAUAUUUGUCGAAUGUGUGUUCCAAGGCUGUCUUGUCAACUGCAUUGUCUUUGAAGACAAGUUCUGGAAGGCCAAGGACAAGAAGGCAUGGCAACUUGAGUAUGCCGAGCUUCUUCGCCUCCCGUUGAUUAUACAGAACCGAAAUCCACUGUGUUUGAGUAUCGGUCACAAGUACCACGGUCAACAACAUCCAGAGCCGAUGUCACUAGCAGACCGAAACAAUGACCGAAACAACAUUCUCAUAGAGACAAGAUUCUCCAACUUUAUGAAGAGCAACUUCCCCACAAGAUUCUACAACCUCUUGAGAAAGCUAAUUGGAACUGUGGAUCUUCCGGCCGAGCUUUACGACGCGGCCUUGCCUCUUGAUGAAGUCCCUCCAGAACUUCGAUAUCGAUGGCACCAUAUGGAUGACGACGAGCUCAUGGAGUUCGAAAACAACCUUGAGGAUGAUGUUAUACAUCCCAUGGGUGGAUACGACUCCGAUGGAUCCGAUGUUGAUGCGAUGGACAUUGAGUUUCAACCUGAUUCGGAAUCGGAAGACGAUUUGGAGGAGGAUGUAAUGCCUGCGCCCAAUACCAAGCCUCGUCCAGGCUUACAGGGUUCGAAAGCCAAGCCAUCAGUGGCCAAAUCCACUAUUCCUGGGGCUUCUACAUCAAAGGCAGAUAUCACCAAGUCUCCAGCCAUCGCCGGCCCUAUCGUGGCCAGUAACAGGCAUAGCCCUAUCAACUCGGACAUGCAAGCAGCUUUGUGUUAUUCCAGGAUGUUCCCUCACGGCCAUGAGAUACUUCCCACCAGUGCAGUUGGUCUUCGGUGCGCUUUGUUUGCUAUCGUCCUCAGCACACAGGCUCAGCACCCGGAACUUGCAGCACCAAGUAUCCAGGACCUUGAGGCUGUACUGAGCUGGCCUGAGCUUGCAGAGGCUCGCAUGAUGCUCGAAGAGGCUCGAAAUGCCGGUCAGGAAACUGGCCCCGGAUAUGAUCGUCGAGAUGCUGAUCUCGAGAGUGAUGCACAUUUCUCUAUCGAUCAUGUUGCAUCGAUCGUACAUCAGUGGUUUUUGAAGGUCUCCGGCAUCGAUGUCACUCUCGGUAUUAUCCGUCGGGAUAUGGGAUAUCAGCGGUUCCUAUUGAGGACUACUGAUGCUGACACUACAACGAUCUGGAUUGAGAAUGACAUGGCCCGCGAGCAUGUUCAAGAAGAGGCUGGAAGUGAGGCCGCGCUCUCCUUGAAUAUCAUGAACCAUUUCUCUGGUGUCAAACCCAAGCCUGCCCCUGUCAAGGAACCGAUGGCACUGAGAGAGGCACCAUCUUUGCCACCAGUUCAUGUACCGGAUCAUCCCCCCGCUCUCGCACCAGCCCUGAUGGACUUGGACAAGUCGGCAAAGAUCUCUCCACGGACACCCUCCGUCAAGACCAGCAAGGACAGCCCUCUAGGUAUCGCCUCCUCGGGUGACACUCCUGUCGGGCGAAAGAUGACUCUCGUGAUGACUCCGGCGAAACGCCGUACCCAAGACCCGAGGCAUCAAAUCACCGCAAGUGGAUACAGCCGAGUUCGACAAGCUUCCUACAUGAUGCAUACAGUUGCAUCACAGCUCAAGGCUGGAGCUGAUCCUCAAGCUUCCCUGCGUCGGACCUCGCGGCUAGAAAUUCCGGACAGCGAGGAGGAUGCGGAUAUUCCAGAGAGCGAUUCCAGUCAGACUUCCACUGCUCAGCGUACGAUGCCUGCUUCCAAACAGGGGCGGCCGUCGACACCAUCCAACCCGGAUAGCUCGCCGUAUGGCUCCCAUAAGUCAUCGCACCGCCCGAGACCUCCCACGCAGGAAUUGGCAUCGAAGACUGAUUCCAUGAAUGAUACUCCGAGCGCCACCUCUUCUAAGCGACCGAAGAGCUCGUCAUCAUCCGCAGAGUCAUGCAUAGUUGUGAAGACUCGGACAACUGCUAUGGCCGAUGCACCGACGAGCACUCCAUCAAAGCGAGUUGGCACUCCAUCAAAGCGAUUGAGCACCGUAUCAAAGGGAUUGGACACUCCGUUGAAACGAGUCAAGCUCGACGCUCAUGCAGAUGCGCAGUCUCCACAUGAGAUUUCAAAGUCUCGGAAGGUUCCCGCUACCACAGCCUGGGAUAUGAUGACUCGUCAAACGCGCAUGGCAUCACGGUCCAGCGCCUCCGUUUUGCGAAGACAGGAUCAACCUCACCAGGAAGAUCGUUUCCAGGUUAUGGCAGAGUUGCUCGCCACUCAUAGCCGUAUCCAGACCCAGGUUAUCGGUGGUGGCGAUCUUGCAACCCUUUCACAGUCUGGUGCUAUGGUAGCAUUGGCGGAUAUGUAUGUUGCGGCAACUCGAUCUUUGAGGAAUGAAUUUGAGACAGCCAGGGCACGUCUUCGGGAAUUGGUUGGGGAUAAAGCCAAUUGA